AUGUCUUCAUUGCGACUUGCUUCUCUGUUGGGCGUUGUUCUGUUAGCAACCUUGGUGAGUGUUGUUUUGGCUCACUCCUGGAUUGACUGCACCGACUACACAGAGAAGAAUGGAGCCUACUACAGCUCCAGUAAGUGCAGAGCCAGACCAAGAAACUGGGCUGCCCAUGCUGCCAUCAACAGCGCCUUUGGAGGUGACACUGGUUGUAAUCACCAAUCUGAAACAUGCAAAUAUAUCCUUUCAAAUUCUAACUAUGCUUCAUUCUAUACCUCUUCAUUCCCUAUGGCCACUUACAGACCUGGACAAGAAGUGUGUUUGGCAUGGCCUGCAAAAAAUCAUGUGGCAGCAUCUUGCACCAACCCAUACAUUCCAGACACAAGUAAUAAGAUUUACAUUUCAAGUGUGAAUCCAACAAAUGAUCCAUCCACAAAUAAUUGGCAAUUAUUGGUGGAUUGGGGAAAUAAUGUUGCUCCAGCAACUCUGGAAAAUGGAGGAGGUAAAGCUUACCAAAACUGUCCAAAAUUCUGUGAAAACAUGGAUAAGGCUCUGUGUACCGGUUGUUUCACCAUUCCUGCCAAUCUUCCUGAAGGUCGUUAUGCAUUCCAAUGGAGAUGGGUCUUCAAUGCAGGUAGUGCACCUUAUACCUCGUGUUGGGAUGCUCAAGUCUCAUCGACUGGCACUCCUGUCACUCCAACUCCAUCGAACAAUCAAAAACCUCCUUCCAACAAUAAUAAUAACACUCCUCUCGUGGGCAAUGCUAUUCGAAUUGUUUCACCACCAAGUAGACUUGGAUUGAGCACAAAGAAUAUUCCUGUAUCGGUCGAUUAUAGUGCAUCUGUGAAUGUGGACAUUGUCGUUGAUUUGUUAAGCGUUCCAGAUUAUAAAUGGUUUGGUAAGGCUAUUCAAAAGAAUGUCUCUCCUGGCACUGGUACUCUCAAUUUGAAUAUUCAAGUUCAAAACGGACCAACUGAGGGUUCCUAUGUCAUCAAGCCUUGGAUUGUUGCAGCAGGAAAAGGAGAAGCAGAUAAAGGAUGGGCUGAGGAAUUUGAUAGAAAGGAGUAUUCAUUGACUUUGAGUGAUCGAGCUGCAUUAUCAGGCGCACCAACUCAUCAUUCUCACUUCAUGACUCGUUUGGUUCUGCUGCUUAUGAUUGCAACAACAAUGAUUGUAAUGAUGAUGUAA